AUGUUGAGUAGCAAGCCCUAUCAGUGCCAGCGAUGCUCAAGGGCAUUUGCACGUCUAGAACAUCUCCAAAGACACGAUCGCUCACAUACAAAAGAGAAACCCUUUGUUUGCACGCAGUGCCCCAAGGCCUUUACUCGAAAAGACUUGUUGGCCCGUCAUGAGCGUCUUUCUCACAACCCCGACGCGAGUCCGGCUAGUAACCAGGCACAGACGCCCUCAUCUGCGCAUCCCAUCCUAGACGGACUGGAUACCUUGGCGUCUGUAGCGAAGAGUAGCGCACGAUCUAAUCAUAGCUCUGUGCAGGAGCCCAAUGAGCAUUUUUCGGGAUUAUCACCGGCCCUGCACCGCCCGAUACUGGGUGCUCAGUUGACAAGCACGGAUACUCCCUCUGCAGGACCCACCACUCCAAUCCUAGGCUCUGAAUUUGGUUACAACCUGAGCGGAUUUGCGUCUAGCUCUUAUCAUGGGCAUGAUUUCACCUCUUUUCUGGAUAGCGUCGCUUUGCCGAAUCAUCCGUUCUCGCCGGCCUAUCAGCCACUCCCUUUGUUCCCGCUGCAAUUUUCACCUCAGGACUAUAAUCAAUCCUCUGAUAGAGAGCUCCUGACUGAGAACACCACCUCAACUUCUUCGAGUUCUGUACUUCCCCGACAUGGAGCCCACCUGCCAUCGCUCCAGCCAGAGGGAUAUCACACUAUCCCCAAGGCGCGCCAGCCCACGGGGUUUGUACCUGUUACGGCUCAAUGUCGGGAAAGACUCUUGAACGAGUUAUCUGAAUAUGCCAACGUGGUCCCAGAUCUGUCACUGCCAUCUCGACAUGCACUAUCCCGAUGUUUGACCGGAUAUCUAACCGGCUUCCAUGAUCACUACCCGUUCUUGCAUAUCCCGACGCUCGAUGUAGACACCAUGACAUUGCCGCUCUUUCUAUCAAUGGCAGCGCUGGGCGCACGGUAUUGCCGUGAACCAGACACCAGUAUGCGUCUCUACCAACUUGCUAAACCGGUGACUUUAGAGCAUGUCCGCAGGGUUUUCCAGUCGGGCGAUCUACCCCAGGUCAAUGUGGCCAAUGAUACCGAUGCCCUUGAAACAUUGCAAGCUUUGAUAUAUCUAACCUCGGUGUCGUUAUGGUUUAUCAAAAACCCCCCAUGGCACGAAGGGCUUUCAUAUCGCAGUCUGAUGGAAAUGCUUCUCCGACAAGGAGGACUCAACCGGCUACCCGAGCACGACGGGACAUGGAGUAGCUGGAUACGGUAUGAAUGCGUCAAGCGCACUAAAUUAAUUGUUUUCUGUUUUUUCGGCAUUCAAACUAUCGUGUUCGAUGUACCACCAGUGAUCCUCACGGAGGAUUUCGCCCUCGAGCUACCAUGCACGGAGAAAGAAUGGCAAGCCGCACGCGCAGACCUGUGGCAGGCCGAGCGCAUCAAGUUUUCCGGCGAACCGAAAUUUCAAGAUGCCCUCUCCGCCCUCUUUGGACCUUCUACCGACGUGGAACGGUUCUCCUCGCUCGGCGGCUACAUCUUAAUCCAUGCGAUCUUGCAAGACAUUUGGCUAAUGACAAAAGCCAGCCGACUAUCCGCAUCACGACGAGAUCGGUUUGCGUCUUCAUCAAUCACAUGCACACCCGAGCUCGUCCAAGUCGAACAAGCAUUGGAACGCUGGUGCCAGUGCUGGGAGCGCAAUCAAGAAUCCUCAAUUGAUCCACUCAGCCCCAAUGGCCCACUCUCCUUCACCUCCGCGGCCCUUCUUCGACUGGCAUAUAUCCGCCUCAACGCAGACUGCAGCUCAGCCCGCCAACUGCAGACUUGGGACCCUGUUCAAAUUGCAACAAGUCUCCGAGAGAACCUGACCGUUCACCGCGGUGACCGUCUCACUCGCGCGGCACUUCACUGCGCGCAUGCGCUCAGCACACCUGUCAAGCUCGGUAUUGACUAUGUUGCACACUCGCAGGUCGCUCUGUGGUCCAACCAGCACGCAUUGUGCUCCCUAGAGUGCGCGGUGCUGUUGGCCAAAUGGCUCGAAGCAGUGACAGUGCCGGAGCCGGAGCCGCCGUUGACAGAGCAGGAGAUUCGGCUGCGAGAUUUCGUGCUCGAGAUGGUUAUGGAGGUGCAGCAUGGUGUAUCAAGGGAAUGGCUGCUUGCUACUAAUACGCGACUCAGUGCUGCGAUCACACGGUUGUGGGCGCGGCUAUUCACGGCGGAUCACAUUUGGGAGAUGGUUGCUUUGAUCGGAAAAUCCUUGAAAAGUUACGCGGACUUGUUAGAGCAGUAG